AUGGUGGAGGGUAAUGCUGCUGCUGCAACAGAAUUGGCACUACGUCCACAUGCAAAACAUCGUUGGUGUAUAACAGGGACUCCCAUACAAUGGAAACUUGACGACCUUUAUGGGCUUCUGAGAUUUCUUCAAGCAAGCCCGUUCAAUGUCCUCAGUUGGUGGAUUGACGUUAUUUCUAAUCCAUAUGAGCGCUCCUCGAAGGCUCAUGUUUCGGAUGAACUGCAACUUCCUCCCCAGGAAGAAGAUUCCGUGUCCGAUAUCUCAUUUGAUCCUUAUUUCACCAUUGUGGAUGCUGCAAAGCUGUUUAACUCCCUCUUAAAGCUUCGCCAGGCGUGCUGCCAUCCUCAAGUAGGAAGUUCUGGUUUACGUACUUUGCAGAAGUCUCCCAUGACCAUGGAGGAGAUAUUAUCGGUUCUUAUUGGAAAGACCAAGGUAGAAGGCGAGGAUGGCCUUAGAAAAGUAGUCGUCGCAUUAAAUGGACUUGCGGGCAUAGCCAUAAUCAAGCAAGAUUUUCCUCAAGCGCUAUUCGCUGCUCAGGCGGAGUUCAGGAGAAUUUAUGAACAGGUUCAUGAUUAUUUGACAGAAAGAGAAAAUCAGAGGGCAACUUGGUGGUUAGAUGCCCUGCAUCACAUUGAGCAAGACAAGGAUUCAUCUAAUGCCCUGAUACAGAAAAUAGGAGAAUCUCUUUCUAGCAACUUGGACAAGAGAUCUAGACUUCCUUCCUGCUUCCGCAGCAUAACAACUCUAAAAUACUACAUUCAAACUGGUUUGGAUGCUCUGGAAGAGUCGAGAAGAACUCUACUUGAUCGACUGUUGGAAAUAGACCGAACAAUGGAAAAUCCCAGGGAAGAGGAUAUUGUGCUUGUGAGAGAUACUGCAAAAAAUGCAUCUGUAAUUAUGAUGGUCCUGCAUGCACGCAUUGUUUAUGAAGCUACACUAUUUCGUCUCAACAAAAGCAAUAAUGGUGAUAUGAUUGCAUCUGUAGAAGAGGCAGUGAGUCUGCAAAAGAAGAAAUCUGCUCUGAAUCAAUUCUUUUGGAAUUUGUCACGUGAAGACAAAAGUUCUAGUUUGUCUGCUGAACACAAAGAUGAUGGAAAGAAGAGGGAUGCGCGGGAGAAAGUGACGGUCUCAAAGUCACCAUCUGACUUGGAGAUUGUGUUGACGAUUAUCAGAAACAGCUCCAGGGGAAUCCUUGAAAGAGAGAUAAUGUUGACAGCACGAAAACAGCUUGAUCUUCUUGAGUUCUCUAAAAUUUUUCAGGCCCUGCGCAAGGAGUAUGCUCUAGCGAGAUCUUUAGCAAUUGCUCAGGCACAAGUUUUCCGUGCUCAUGAUGAACUAAUGAUGGCUAUGUCAAGGUUACGCCUUAGAGAAAACGAGGAUGAUAAAUCUAUUGAUGCUUCAAGUUCAGAAGAGUUGGAUAUAGCUAGUGUUGAAAACUCUAGCAAAAAGUUUAUAGAGUUAGGUUCAUUGUCACGUAUAAAAGGGCAACUUCGCUACUUGAAGGGGCCGCAAUCAAAUCGACACUCGAAAUCAGAAAGCCCGAUUACCUUGUCUGUAAAUGAAGCCACAUUGCCCUCGACCAAUGGAAGCAUAACAAGAGUAGAUUCAGUAUCAUGCCCAGUUUGUCAAGAGAAGCUGGGUAGUCAGAAAAUGGUUGAGGCCGUGACAAGGAGAAUUUUAUGGAUUGGUUCCACUGAUCCCAAAUCAAAUAUUCUCGUGUUUUCAAGUUGGAACGAUGUUCUUGGAAAUUACAAAUUGCUGUCAGCCAGUUUAGAGGGCACAAGAGUCCUGCCAAAGAAAACGGUUAAAAGCCUGAAAAUAGUGUUGCUACAAAAUCUCCCCCAAGUGCUGCUACUCUUAAUCCAACAUGGAGCAAACGGGCUUAACCUUUUGGAGGCUCAGCAUGUCAUUCUCGUCGAACCACUUCUGAAUCCGGAAGCCGAGGCACAAGCUGUCGGCAGGGUGCACCGAAUAGGGCAGGAGCAUAAAACUCUCAUUCACCGUUUUUAUAAGCCCGGACACAAACUCGUUUAUCAGCGGGAACAGAAAGAACCAACACCAGCCUUGCCUUACGCUAAAAGAUGUGAGUCCUUAUUCCGAGUGGCGCCAGCUGGUUGUACGGAAAAUCAGACGAGUGUUAACCGAGGUUUGCGCGAUCUUCCGGCUUCUGUGGCUGCUGCCAUCGCUGCUGAAAGAAAAUUAAUGGGGAUUGAUGGUAGCAAUGCCAUUGAUGAAGAUGCGGAGCUAAAUUAA